AUGGGACUUCAAAUCUUCUACCAGGACUGUGAUAGCAUGCAUAUUUUCAAUGAAGACAUACCAAAGCUUGCAGCAGAAUUUAAGAAGAGAUACGGUAGAGAACUUAUAGGAAAGAACCUUGGUCAAUUUCAUUCUGACUUCGCAGAAAUAACACCUGGAAAACAAAGUUUAGCAUACAAGUCAAUAUUUUGUGGAAAGAAGACCUACAUAGACUUACUCACGAAUGAUUUAAAUGAAGUUGCAUUUCAUGCACGUUGCAAAGGUGUCAAACAAGACGUCCUUGCUUUAACAGCUAAUGAAAUGUUUCCUGAAGCUAUACAAUGCUAUUACAAUGAAGAUAAGAACAUUCACAUACCUGUUGGAACAUAUGACAAAGACUCUGAGUUCAGUUUAAUGAAACUUUACAAAGCACUUCAUGAUGGUCAAGAGAUUGGAUUUGACUUAUGUAAGUCUUCUAGUCCUUGCUUUGCUGAAAAGUUUAACUUCUCAAUAACGACUAAAACAAGCUUUAUUCGUAAGUUGAAGUUCUGA